ACCCCGGGCGCGCAGGACGCCGCGCGCAGUCCCGCCCGGCCCGGCCGUGCCCUGCCCUGCCCCGCGCGGGCGGCGCGAUGUGAGGCUCCCGAGGGCCCGAGCGUCCCCUGGCUCGCCAGCUCCGCGCAGCGCCGGCGCCAGCAUGCGCUAGGAACGUUUUGUGCUGAUUGAAGGCGAGACCAGCGGUCACCUCAUCUCUGUGUCUCCCAGCCCAGUGCCUGGCACAAACCCUUCUGUAGGCACCGGGCUCCCGGACAAGAUGGCGGCCAAGCAGCCCCCACCUCUCAUGAAGAAGCACAGCCAGACGGACCUCGUGAGCCGCCUGAAGACCCGCAAGAUCCUCGGCGUGGGCGGGGAGGACGACGACGGGGAGGUACACCGCUCCAAGAUCAGCCAGGUCUUGGGCAAUGAAAUCAAGUUUGCUGUUCGGGAGCCUCUGGGGCUGAGGGUUUGGCAGUUUGCUUCUGCUGUGCUCUUCUCCGGCAUUGCCAUCAUGGCCCUCGCCUUCCCUGACCAGCUCUAUGAUGCCGUCUUUGAUGGAGCCCAGGUGACCAGCAAGACCCCCAUCCGCCUCUAUGGCGGUGCGCUUCUCAGCAUCUCCCUGAUCAUGUGGAACGCUCUCUACACGGCCGAGAAGGUUAUCAUCCGAUGGACUCUGCUCACCGAAGCCUGUUACUUUGGGGUCCAGUUCUUGGUGGUCACUGCCACGCUGGCUGAGACGGGCUUCGUGUCCCUGGGGAUCCUGCUGCUUCUGGCCAGCCGCCUCCUUUUUGUCGCCAUCAGCGUUUACUACUAUUACCAGGUCGGCCGAAAACCCAAGAAAGUCUAGCCACUCGCUGGGCCAGGGAGGCCCCGAGACCUCAGUUUCCCUCUGGCUCCUGGAAGGCAGGAAGGACCCCGC